AUGGGUGCCAUCAAGAGUCAAGAUUUCAUUGACAUUGUCACUGAGUAUGUCAGAGACACUGUCAGCCCACUGGAGCUGCAAAUGCUGCUGGCUGAUGACAAGAUCUGGGAGAGAUUCGUGGCUGAGGCCCACUUGUCCAGGAAUGAGGCAGUUGUACUACAUGAAGCUCUGGACAAAGACACACUUCCAAAAAUACUGCUGUUUAGAGACAUGUUUUUGAAGAAGUUUCCUUUGAUGAAAAGGAAGCUUGAGGUGCGUAUAAGAAAGCUUCAUGCUCUUGAAGACAAAGUUGACAAGACACACAGGGACUGCACCAUUGCCACUGUAGUGGCCAAUACCACCAGCGUUGUCUCUGGCAUCCUGACCAUCCUUGGUCUGUCUCUGGCACCUGUUACAGCAGGAGUUAGUCUGGGGCUCACAGCAGCUGGGGUGGGACUGGGAAUAACAGCUGCUGUCACAAGUGUUUCUGCCAGAAUUGUGGACACCUUAACUAGUUUGUUUGCCAAAGCCAUAGGCACCAAGCUAGCACUACCUGACGCCAACAUAACGGAAGAGGUUGUGAAGGAUUUAUGUCAGAAUACAUCCGAACUUUCUUUCAUCACAAAAAAGUGCAGCCGUAUCUAUCAACUCAUCCAGAAGUAUGUUAGUGUCGCUAAGCAGGCCAAAGUCAACCGUAACCUACUAUAUGUGGAUCUCAUGACCACUGGGAAUAUUUCAGUCUCGAGGGGUACACAGGUGCAGAAAGCCUUUGGAGGUGCCGCUCUAACAUUGACCAAAGGAGCCCAGGUCAUGGUUGUGUUCUCUGCAAGUUGUCUUCUGAUGGAUGUGAUGCAGCUUGUGACAGAGUCAGUGCACUUGCACAAGGGGGCAAAGUCGGAGUCAGCUAAUGAGCUCAGGCAGCAGGCUGCGGAGUUGGAGAGAAAGCUAAAAGAGCUCACCCAGAUCCAUAAGAUUCUGCGGGAAGGGCAGGAGCUCUCCCAGAUCUAUGGCGUCUGCAGCAGGGACGCUCAGUUACCACCUGAGCAGUCCAGGAGCAAGGCACGCUGUCACCAGUGUGGAAGAAUUUUAUCUGAGGGAGAGGAAAACACUAUGCAACUGAGUAUUAAGGAGUUUGGCAUUUCUGUAGCUAAGUAA